GGGUGAGAGGUCACACAUCCGGGUGAGGCCGCGCUGCCACGUCUGGUUCCUGUGCCUUGACAUCCGGGAGCCGCCGCCGCUGCCGGUUACGGUGCAAACGGGCGGUUUCUGUUCGACCUGCGGCCCCCGUUUCCCCAGCCACUCUCUCCUUUCCAGACGGCACCGGCUCGCGAGAUACCGAAGGCCUAUCCGAGCCGGUAUGUGGGCCAGCCUGUUGCUGCAGCUGCUGUGGGCCCAGCUCCUGUGGCCGCUGGUCCGAGGCUCCGAGCUCACCUUCGAGCUCCCGGACAACGCCAAGCAGUGCUUCUACGAGGACAUCAUACAGGGCACCAAGUGCACGCUGGAGUUCCAGGUCAUCACUGGUGGCCAUUAUGAUGUAGACUGUCGGUUAGAAGAUGCUGAUGGUGCUGUUUUGUACAAGGAGAUGAAGAAACAAUAUGAUAGUUUCACAUUCACAGCUUCAAAAAAUGGAACUUAUAAGUUCUGUUUCAGCAAUGAAUUUUCCACUUUCACACACAAAACCGUGUACUUUGAUUUCCAAGUUGGGGAUGACUCUCCCUUGUUCCCCAAUGAAAACAAGAUGGCACCACUGACUCAGAUGGAGUCUGCUUGUGUCACGAUGCAUGAAGCCAUGAAAUCGGUCAUUGAUUAUCAAACCCAUUUCCGCCUACGGGAAGCACAGGGGCGAAGUCGUGCUGAGGACCUGAAUUCAAGAGUUGCUUUUUGGUCCAUAGGAGAAGCUCUCAUCUUGUUGGUUGUGAGUCUUGGGCAAGUGGUUCUCCUCAGGAGCUUCUUCUCAGAUAAAAGAAGCACUUACUCGCGUUCAUAACGGGUAGCCACGAGGCACAUUUGCAGUACCCAAAAGUUAUUGGUUCACUGACUUGUUUGAUUACUAGGUCCAGAAUUGCUGUUAAGAUUUAAUUCCUUAUUGAAAUGAUUUUCUCUUCACUUUGGACUGUUCACUAGAGUAAGUAUUCUGACUGAAAUAUUGUAAUGCUACUGCAGCUUAAUUAGCCGGAUGUCUAACAGUUACAGACAUCACUGGUUGUGUCCACUAGAUGGCAAAGCCAUUGACAUUAAACUUUGUUCGGAUUAGUGAUUCAUUGUUCACACAUCUGGAGCGUAGUGAAGUAAUGUGUCAGAUCCCCUUGAAAUCAAUUUUGUGAAAUUAUGAUUUGUGGAGUUUUCAAAACAUCCUAGCUAAUAUAAAGUUUAGAGAGGAUCAAUUAUCACAGCUGCAAUCUGUUAGGCAAAAACUGUUUGAGAUCUUAAACUACCAACUGCAAUUUAAUUGAUUUUUCAUGUGAUUUGGUUUGUGAUGUAACAGUGGAAAUACUAUGGCAUUUCUUAAACUUGCUUUUCUUUGCAUUGAGAAGCAAUUUUUUGUACUUUUUUUCAUUGGGUAUGCGACAUGACAGUAUUUUGAAAUCUAGUCAGGUUACAUCAUGUAAACUAUUAAGCUGCCCUUUAAGUUUUCAAAUGUAACUAUAUUUUCAAUGGAACAGCCAUCUAUAAAAGGUUGGUGACUUGAAAAAGAAGUUGAGGGAAGAAAUUAUUUUAUAAUAAACUUUCCAGUUACUGCUUUUGCUUUGUGAAAACUCAUUUGCUUUGUCUAUGUCUCAUAUGAAAUUGCCAGGUGUUGAGUAAAUCAAAGCUGUAAGGAUUAAAAGUGAAAUUUGGGACUAUUACAUAUACCAGGGUGUAAAUUUUUUUGUUUUUUUUUGUAAAGGGGAUAACAGUAAAUUGUUUGUGACAAGUUUCACAUUGGUUCAGUGGUAGUGAAACUUUAAGUCACAUCUUUAAAAGAAAACACAGGUCUUAUAAAGGCCAGAAAACAAAAUUAACUAAAUCAAUUACAGAAGUAUUGAUGGUUUCACUAACUGGUGGCAGGUCUAUGAUAAAUAGCCUUGUUUUAAUUGGGCAACCAAGAGCUUUAAUUAGGUUUUGUCUUUUUUUUCUUGUAAGUUUGGUGCACUGAUUUGAUUUUGUCUUUUGGAAUCUCACAAUACCUGACAGCUAUGUGAUUCCUCAUUUGGUUAAUUUAAUAGAAUUUUUCUUGCACAUUAUUCAUCCAGUUUGACUAUACCUAUGGACAUCUGUAUGCUAUAAAUUGUGCAAGCUCACCUAUUGACCUAUUGUGGCAGUACAUUUGCCAGAAUUACAAACCAGAUCAGUACUUCUAAUUGAAUAGUAACUGUUUAAAAUAUAUACUUAGGUUAAAUUCUUGUGUUAAACAUCGUAGUCUGUUCAAUUUAAUAAAAAAUGUUCACAUUGCACUGUAAAUGCUGAAGCAAUGAGAACUUAGUUUUACUUUGUAUGGAUGAAAACACAGGAUUUGUUACAAAUGCAUAAAUUAUUGAAGUACGAGACAUUGUAUUGAUAACCAUUGUUUGCAUUAAAUCUUGUAGCUUAAA